AGCGGGACGGCUUCUCGCAGCCAAUCACAGCUUCCCUUACUUCCCUCGUUCAAAGUCGGCGGGCGCGAUGGCCAAUGCCGGUUAGGUCCCGCCCAUGUGUGUAGUGAGCGACGGUCCUGGUAGCCAAUGACGUGGGGCGCGGCCUGGCGGCGGAGGUGGCGGCUUCGGCGGGGCUGGUGAGGCGGCGAUGGCGGACCGAGGAGGCGGUGGCGGCGCUGGGGCUGGCGGCGGCGAGGGAGACGCGGGGGCGGCGGCGGAGCGGUACAAUAAUGAGAUCAGUCAUCAUGCCAACAUUGGUAUUGCACUGGCACUAAAUGGUGGGCAAAAUUGUUUUCCUGAGAGCAUCAGAAGAGCGUUUGUUGGUUGCAAAGAAUGGCUCAGCAGCAAGCACUGAGAUUUCGUGGCCCAGCUCCCCCACCAAACGCUGUCAUGAGGGGUCCACCACCUCUCAUGCGCCCACCUCCACCUUUCGGCAUGAUGAGAGGUCCACCUCCACCACCUCGUCCUCCCUUUGGACGUCCUCCAUUUGAUCCUAAUAUGCCUCCAAUGCCACCUCCAGGAGGGAUUCCUCCACCAAUGGGGCCUCCACAUCUACAGAGGCCACCAUUCAUGCCUCCUCCCAUGGGUAGCAUGCCGCCGCCUCCUGGUAUGAUGUUUCCUCCAGGGAUGCCACCUGUCACUGCCCCGGGAACUCCAACUAUGCCACCCACUGAAGAGAUAUGGGUAGAAAACAAGACUCCAGAUGGCAAGGUCUAUUUCUAUAAUGCACGAACGCGUGAGUCUGCAUGGACCAAGCCAGAUGGGGUAAAGGUUAUUCAGCAAUCAGAACUGACACCAAUGCUUGCUGCACAAGCCCAGGCCCAGGCCCAAGCCCAGGCUCAGGCUCAGGCACAAGCCCAGGCGCAGGCACAAGCCCAAGGUGCCUCCACACCAACAACCAGUAGUCCUGCAUCUUCAGUGUCUCCAUCCACAUCGUCAAGUCCUCAGUCCUCCAUGACCUCCACUACAACCACAGCCACUUCAAUUUCACAGACCAUUUCCACACCGACAACACAAGACCAGACCACAAGUUCAGGUGUUUCAGUUGCUACAUCUUCAGUUAGUGUUUCAACCUCCACUCCUUCUGCUACACCUGUGCAGACUGUACCCCAGCAAGUCCCACAGACGUUGCCUCCUGCAGUUCCUCAUGCAGUACCUCAGCCAACAGCAACAAUUCCUGCUUUUCCACCCGUAAUGGUACCUCCAUUUCGUGUUCCCCUUCCUGGCAUGCCUAUUCCACUUCCAGGUGUAGCAAUGAUGCAAAUAGUCAGCUGCCCGUAUGUAAAGACAGUCGCUACCACCAAGACCGGUGUCUUGCCAGGAAUGGCUCCUCCUAUUGUACCUAUGAUCCAUCCUCAGGUUGCUAUUGCCGCUUCACCUGCUACUUUGGCUGGAGCAACAGCAGUCUCUGAAUGGACAGAGUACAAAACAGCAGAUGGGAAGACUUACUAUUAUAACAAUAGGACUUUGGAAUCAACAUGGGAAAGACCCCAAGAACUAAAAGAGAAAGGUACAGCAUUCGAUUUUAGAAUCCAGCCACAACUAGAAAAAGUAGAAGAGAAGAUUAAAGAGCCUAUUAAAGAACCUACAGAGGAGCCUUUGCCAAUGGAAACAGAAGAAGAGGAACCCAAAGAAGAACCUAUAAAAUUGCUGAUAAAAGAGGCCCUGAUUCGGGGAAACAUCCCAGUUCAGGAGCCAAAAGAGGAAGAAAUGACUGAAGAAGAAAAAGCAGCUCAGAAAGCAAAACCAGUUGCAACUACUCCUAUUCCUGGAACCCCAUGGUGUGUGGUAUGGACUGGUGAUGAGCGGGUUUUUUUCUACAACCCAACCACUCGUCUCUCUAUGUGGGACCGGCCAGAGGACUUAAUUGGAAGAGCUGAUGUGGACAAAAUUAUUCAGGAACCUCCUCACAAAAAAGGAAUGGAAGAAGGAAAGAAACAAAUUAAAGAAGAUCAUGAAUCAGCAGAGGAAACAAAUGAUGAUGAGCCUAUUAAAACAAAGAAGCGAAAGAAAGAUGACAACAAAGACAUUGAUUCAGACAAGGAGGCUGCCAUGGAAGCUGAAAUUAAAGCUGCACGUGAGAGGGCCAUUGUCCCUCUGGAGGCUCGAAUGAAACAAUUCAAGGAUAUGCUGCUAGAAAGAGGGGUUUCUGCCUUUUCAACCUGGGAGAAGGAGCUGCACAAGAUAGUUUUCGAUCCUCGGUACUUGCUUCUCAAUCCUAAAGAAAGGAAACAGGUAUUUGACCAGUAUGUGAAGACCAGAGCAGAAGAAGAGCGCAAGGAAAAGAAAAACAAAAUAAUGCAGGCCAAGGAGGAUUUCAAGAAAAUGAUGGAAGAAGCAAAGUUUAAUCCAAGAGCUACUUUUAGUGAAUUUGCAGCCAAGCAUGCUAAAGACUCGAGAUUCAAGGCAAUUGAAAAGAUGAAAGAUCGAGAGGCCUUGUUUAACGAGUUUAUCACAGCGGCAAGAAAGAAGGAGAAGGAAGAUUCGAAGACCAGAGGUGAGAAGAUUAAAAUGGACUUCUUUGAACUACUGUCUAAUCACCACUUGGACAGUCAGUCUCGCUGGAGCAAAGUGAAGGACAAAGUAGAGACUGACCCCCGUUACAAAGCAGUGGAUAGCUCUUCACAGAGGGAAGACCUUUUUAAACAAUACAUUGAAAAAAUAGCUAAGAAUUUAGACUCCGAAAAGGAAAAGGAAUUGGAAAGGCAGGCUCGCAUUGAGGCAAGUUUGCGUGAAAGAGAAAGGGAGGUUCAGAAAGCUCGUUCUGAGCAGACCAAGGAAAUCGAUCGAGAACGUGAACAGCACAAACGAGAAGAGGCUAUCCAGAAUUUCAAAGCACUUCUAUCUGAUAUGGUGAGAUCUUCAGAUGUGUCAUGGUCCGAUACUAGGAGGACGCUCCGAAAAGAUCAUCGGUGGGAAUCUGGCUCUCUGCUAGAAAGAGAAGAGAAAGAGAAGCUUUUUAAUGAACACAUUGAGGCACUUACCAAAAAGAAGAGGGAGCAUUUUAGGCAACUUCUGGAUGAAACUUCAGCGAUUACUUUAACAUCAACAUGGAAAGAAGUGAAAAAAAUCAUUAAAGAAGAUCCCAGGUGCAUUAAGUUCUCUUCCAGUGACAGGAAAAAACAAAGGGAGUUUGAAGAGUACAUCAGAGACAAAUACAUUACUGCCAAAGCUGACUUCAGAACGCUAUUGAAAGAGACCAAAUUUAUAACGUACAGAUACAGCACAGGCAGUGGCAGUGCAAGAUUUUUUACACACGCAUUCCUGCCAAUGUGCCUCACCCCUGACCUGAUGGGGCAUCUGUAUAGAUCCAAAAAGUUGAUCCAAGAAUCCGACCAGCACCUGAAAGAUGUAGAAAAGAUUUUACAGAAUGACAAGCGUUAUCUGGUACUUGACUGUGUGCCAGAGGAGAGGCGCAAGCUCAUCGUAUCCUAUGUAGAUGACCUGGACCGCCGAGGUCCCCCUCCACCUCCCACAGCUUCAGAGCCUACAAGACGAACAACAAAAUAAUUAUGAAAUACUCUCAUAAUGGGGUGUCUGUUAAUUCAAAAGCUUGCAUGAGCCAUCUGUCCGGUUUUUACAUCUACAUUACCGUGAACCUAUUGAAAACCAUCUGAGGAACAGAGGAAGCAGCAGCAUUUGUGAACAUAAAAUGGUCUCUGUGCAAAGAGAACACUUAAGAUAUUUAUGCUUUUCUUUGUGUGGCAUGACUGACAAAAACCCCAACCAUGCAGGCUGUGUCUAGUAAUUUUAGAUCUCAGAACAAUGGAAUAUCUGUAUAUGAGGUGUGGAUGUCAGUGAUAUUUGGAGGCAUUCUUUUCAGCAGUGUUAUAUAUGCAAGUCUUAAGGAUGAUUGACAUUUGUGGUUUGAACUAAACUACACAAGUAUCACAAAUUUCCUCCUAAUGGUUACCCAAGUUCAGCUGUUUUAACAGACAAAACACUCUCUCAAAUUAAACUAUUGAGUGCUGAAGGCAACAGUAAAAAAAAAUCUUAAAUCUGAAAACAAAGGGUCUGAUUCUCUAUUUGCUUUCACCCUUGUAAAUCAGAAUUAAGUCUAUUAAAGUCUAUAGAGUGACAGUGAUGUGAGUGAAGAAUUAGGCCCACAGAGACCAAAUUAAACACCAUUCUGAAUUUGUUCACGGGUCUGCUUUAUUUCUCCCCCCGCCCUCCCACCCACUUUGAAGUACAGGCAAAAUCAGGUUUCUUUUGCCCAAGUGAAGAUUUGUCUGAUAAUUUUUUGCUCAAAAUUGGAAACACAGUAAAUAACAAUGGUUCCCAGAACAGGACGGUUGUAUAAACAUAUUUUUAUUUACCAUAAAGUGAUCUUUACUGACUUCUGGAUUAGACUGUGGAUUUCCCUUCUGGGUAAUUCUUGUAAACUAUACUCCUGUUAUGAAUGUUAAACUUGUGUUUCUAAAGUUUAAUUUUGAAAUGUUGGGAUUGUUUAGUUUAUGUAUUUGAACUACAAUAAACCAACCCUUUUUAUAUAUGGA